UAGGUCAUCGUGGUGGAGGAGGAAAAAGUCACGUGACCAAUCGAAGCACAGGCGGAAGUUCGACGCUACAUUCUCCAUCCAUGAGGCUCGCAAAGAAGACGUUUGGAUUCCUUCUACGUUCCAAAAUACGAGCAAGAUGAGUUUGUAGUUCCACGAAAGAGCUUGCACACGCAAGUGUGCCGUCGCCCCUUAAUUAAUCAUGCAUGCCAAUAUGGCGCUCGACGCGAGCUACGUCGCUAAGCCGACAAAAAUUUCUUUUCAUCAUUCUUUAAUAUCCUUCGGUUGGAUUCGCAUCGAUAAUGUCAUCCAAUCUGGACCAGGAGAUGUGGUCGUGGAAGUACGAGCCGGUGUCCCCCAGUGGGACACCACCGCUAGAGGUUGAUGAGGAUUUGUUUUUAUUCAAUGAUCAGUCUGUAGAUGUUUCUAACAAUGCUGCGGAAAUUGUUAUGUAUGAUGAUCAACCUUCCCGUGCACAAGUGGCAAAAAAGCUUUUAGAAGAAUUGGACGAAUGGAUUAAAGAAGAGCCCUUCUCGGAUUGGCUAGAAGAAAAGGUAGAGCUGCCUAUAUACGAUCAAUUAUUGGAGAACAGCCAAACCAAAUCUCCGUCAAUCAUCUACCCAAUUAUCGUGAAGGCAUCGCAGCAACAUCACCACCACCAACAACAACAACAACAACAGCAUCAUGACAAUACACAGACCCUUUUGCAGGAGUUUGAAACGGUUUUGGGUGAUGUCGAAGCUUGCCAUCAGAUCGUCCCGCCAAACAGUUCGACGCUCACUCCUCCACAAUCACCCCCGCAUAAAGCGAUCAAUGUGGACACGCAACUGCUAGUCACCCUGCAGCCUGUACAACCAUUAUUUGAUGGCAAUCAAUCGAUAUACAAUAUCGUUCCAACAGAAGAACCACUGUAUGCGAAUGAUACGCCGCGUCAGUGGAAUGCUGAAGAUAUAUCGCUAAGUCCACUCGGCGGGGACGAUGUUGCGAACGACUUAGCAGUGGUGGAUGAAUAUGUCCGGUCGCACACCAAGGAUAUACCGUCACCCUCAAGUCCAUGCAGUUCCGGUGGCAGUUGUACCUCGGCCGAAGAUUCCGCUGACGAUCCCGAUUGGAGUUUCGAAACUGAAAGAAGAAAUUUCAAACAAUCAGUUCACGAUUCUUCAAAACAUCGCCAUAAACCAUAUUCUCGAUCCUCCCUCGAAGACAAGAAAGUGCGGAAGAAAGAACAGAAUAAGAACGCGGCCACACGUUACAGACAGAAAAAGAAACAGGAAAUUAGGGAAAUACAAGGCGAAGAACGUGAACUGACAGAGCAAAAUGAGAAAUUGAAAAAUCGAGUGAAAGAAAUUGAACAAGAAAUAAAAUAUCUCAAAGGAUUCAUGAGGGAUCUGUUAAAAGCUAAGGGUCUUCUUAAGUAAUCUAUUUGUCCAGAAACCUCACCGCCGUCUCAGUAGUCGUGUAUUAAUUUUACUUAGCUAUCUAUUAAUUUUACUUUUCAAUAAUUACGUUUUUUGCCACUAACUAUGUUACAGUUUAACUAAUAUUUUAUGGUAACACUUAUUGUUCUAUACAUUAUGUAUUUGUUUAUCUUAUUUUGAUUAUCUUAUUUUU